AUGUCCAACCCCGUUUCUAAAAGGACUCUGGACGCAACCCAGCCCAGCCCCAUCAGCGAUACUCCAGACAACUGUCUCACGAGUCCAAGUCACGAGAAUAUCUUUGAGCGGUCAUGCACACGAGCCCAUCUGAUUGCUCGACCCCGAGGCAGUCUCCGAUCGUGCAACACGCCCAAAGCAAGGUCUGGGCGGUCCAUGUCGGUGGCCUCCAACGCUUCGCUCGGGUCGCUAGGCCUGAUGUCUACCUUCUGCAGUUCCGAGGACUACAUUGCGCCCGUUUUAGACACCACGACGGAAAUCUUGACCGACCCGACCGUGGACUUGAACAGCGUCCUUCUUGUGUGCCGCGAGUGCGGUGCCGACACUAGGGACUGCCGCACGCGGCUUUGUCUGGGCCAGGCGCAAUUCAAACCGGGCUACAAUUUGUUCCGGCGAAACUCCUCCGCCGCUGGCCAGCGGACGCACUCGGAAAAGCCCGAGCUGGACCCGGAGCUCGCCGAGGGCCAGACCAUCAACUUCUACUCUUUUGCUGACGUGCUUGACGGCGAGCAGGACGGCGAGGAGUUUCUGUGUGUGUCUGUUGGAGAAUAUCUCUCGUGA